AUGACAGCGCAGAAUGAGAUUCAAAUCCAAGAUGAAAUUGCCCAGCUUGAGAGUCGCUUGCAAGAGGCAAAAGCCCGUCUGAGCGCUCUCGGCGCAUCAAACCCUACCAUCCCGUUCCGGCCUGCCCCAGCGCCAUCACCAUCUUCAUCAACGCAUUUCCUCCUCUUGCUCUCUGAUUCCGCCCUUCCUAUCGGAUCAUUCGCCUUCAGCAGCGGCUUGGAGUCCUUCGCGGCGCAUAAUGCCCGCGCCUCCUUCGGGGCCUUCCUCCCCCUCUCUCUGUCAUCCUAUGCCUCCACGACGCUGCCGUUCGUCCUAGCAGCGCAUCGCCAGCCCGCGGAUCUCGCGUCCUUGGACGACCAGCUCGAUGCCGCCGUCAUCUGCACCGUCGGCCGGCGUGCCAGCGUCGCCCAGGGCCGAGCGCUACUAAGCAUCUGGGAGCGCUCAUUCAAGACGACGAUUCUCCCCAGCAGCGCCACAGACGCCCUCGUCCUCAAAGACUUCUCGGCGCUGCUUCGUCGAGAGAGCACCAAGGCCGGCGGCGAGGCUCCUCUCGUCUCAGCGCACCUCGGUCCGCUGUUCGGCGCGAUUUGCGCCAUCGUGGGGCUGACGCUUAGACAGACGGCGUAUGUCUUCAUGUUGAGCCACGUCAAGGCGCUGAUUUCGGCGGCCGUGAGGGCGAACAUGUUCGGGCCGUAUCAAGCACAGAAGCUACUUGCGAGUGAAAACGUACAGGAAUUGAUUAACGUGGUGGUGGAGAGGGAAUGGCACACGUCUGUUGAGGAGGCAGGGCAGAGCGUACCGGUUAUGGAUCUAUGGGUUGGACGACAUGAGCUGCUUUACUCGAGAAUCUUCAACAGCUAA